AUGAAUGCAUGUACUGCCACACCAGCCUAUGUCAAUACUCAAAAGGCUCAACAAAGCGGAGAGAACUUCUUCAUACAACAAUUCUAAGUCAGCUGUUUGGGUUAAUUUUCAUAUUACAUUGAAUCCAACAACGAGGCUGCCAUAAUUGACCCUAUGAGAGACUACGAAGAUUAUAUUAAGUUUUCUGAAUCCAGAAAUUCUGUUAUCAAAUAUGUUAUCUUAACUCAUCUGCAUGCUGAUUUCGUGGCAGGACACUUAGAUUUGGCUAAAAUUACAGGAGCCCAAAUUGUACUGGGCCCAUAAGCUGUAACUUAAUAUUAAGCUAAAAUUGCUUAAGAUGAAGAAUUAUUGCCUCUCGGAAGAGCAUAUCUUAGAGUAGUGCACACCCCUGGCCACACUUUGGAAUCAAGCUGUUUCGUACUCGUAGUAGACGACAAAGACCAUGUAGUUUUCAGUGGAGAUUCUCUCUUCCUUGAAGAAGUCGGCAGACCAGAUCUUGCAUCUAAAUCCUCAGGAUUAACCACUCAUCAACUUGCUUCUCUACUCUAUCACUCCCUGAGAAAUAAGAUUAUGAAACUUGAGGAUGAUGUCAUUCUAUACCCUGGACAUGGAGCUGGAUCUUCAUGUGGCAAAGCCAUUGGAGCUGGCACUGUCAGUACUAUUGGCGAAUAAAAACUCAAAAAUUGGGCAUUAUAGAAUAUUACAGAGGAAGAGUUUGUGAAGAUAUCAACCGAUAUCCCAGCUCCUCCUCAGUAUUUCUUCCACGAUGUACAAUUAAACCGUCAAGGGGCUAAUGAUCUACUAAAUAUUAAAUCGAAAGUUACUAAACCAUUGAGUUAUCAAGAGUUUGCUCAAGUCGCUGCAGAUGGUGCCUUAAUUUUAGACUCCAGAGAUGUUGUUAAUAAGGGAAUUAUCAAAGGUUCCAUCAACAUCACAUAAGUCGCUACUCUCGCUUCUUUUGUUGGCAUCCUCUUCAAGCCUGAUCAAAGAAUAGUCAUUGUGGCAGAUGAAGGCAAGGAAGAAAUAACCAUUAUCAGACUGCUUAGAAUAGGAUAUGAAAAUAUCCUUGGAUAUCUAGAGGGAGGAUUUGACAAUUAUGUCAGAAAUGGAGGAGAAGUCCAAUAAUUAAAUAUUGUUGAUUUGAAAGAUUUCUUAGAUACCAAAGAUUAACCUCAAAAUCAUGUAUUCAUUGAUUGCAGAAAUCCUCCUGAAUUUAAAACCACAGGAAUUGUUCCAGGAUCUUUGAUGAUUCCUUUAUUCUAAAUCGAGAACCAACUUGAUUUGAUUCCUAAGGAUAAAACCUUACAUAUCUACUGUCGUUCAGGUGCCAGAGCUAAAACUGCUGCGACAAUAUUAUUAAGGCAUGGAUAUUCAGAUUUUGUUCUAAUUUAGAAUGCUGGUCUAGAACAUAUUGUUAAGGAACAUCAAAUUCAAGUUCAAAAAGUGGAAUGA